AUGCCCGGAAGACAAUCCCACGGGCGCACCCUCCUGGCGUCGAAGCCGCAAGCCAAGACCUUCCGCAAGUCAAAAGCAAAGGCCCAGGCCAAGGCCCUCGACGCCUUCACGAUCGCCUCCGAGCAGUUCCCGACCAAGCAGAAGCUCACCCCUCGGUUCCGCGAGAUCGAGGGCCAGAAGGAGUCCGGGAAGAAGCACAGGCGCGACGAGGACGACGACGACGAAGAGGAUGACGAGGACGGGGACGACGACGACGAUGAGCAGCCACGGCGGAAGAAGGCGAAGCCUUCAUCUGGCGGCGGCGACGACGAGUCCGAGUAUGGCAGCGACAGCGACGGCAACGAGUGGCACUACGGCGUCAACGACGACGAGGACUCGGAGCUGGACAGUGACGAGGCGUUUGGCGACAGCGACGAGGAGGAUUUCCAGGGGUAUUCUUUCAGAGGUAGCAAGGCUGCCAAGAACGAGGAGGACGACUCGGAAGAAGAAGACGACGACGAAUCGCUAGGCGAGGACGCCAUCGACCUGGCGCAGGCCCUGGACGAGUACGAGUCCGACGAGUCCAUGCAGGACCAAGAGGGCUCCGGGUCCGAGGACUCCGACUCGGAAGCGGAAGAUAGCCCGCCGUCGUCCGACUCGGAGGACGAAGACGACGAGGAGGCGGACCCGUCCAAGCUGGGCGCGCUGCAAAAGUUCAUCACCAGCUACGGCGGCGACGAGGACGACGAGGCGCCGACCAAGCAGAAGCAGAAGAUCAGCUUCAAGGACCUCGGUCUCUCGGGCGUCAAGGACGCGCAGAUGCGCAAGUCGGUCAAGCUCAUGGCCAAAGAAGACAAACAGACCGGUAGCAGCGCCGGCAAGAAGCUCGAGGUGCCCCUGGCGCGACGGCAGCAGGACAAGCUCGCGCGUGCGGCGGCGUACGAAAAGGCCAACGAGACCAUCGGCCGGUGGCAGGACACGGUCAAGCACAACCGGCGCGCGGAGCACCUCGUGUUCCCGCUCCCGCAGAACGCGGCGGACGAGGGCCUCGACAACCGCGAGCUGCAGGCCAUGAACCCCAAGAACGCCGGCACGGAGCUGGAGCAGACCAUCAUGUCCAUCAUGCAGCAGAGCGGGCUGGGGAUGAACAAGCACGAGGAGAACCGGAUGCGCAAGGAGGAGGCGGAGGAGGGCAUGUCCAAGGAGGCGCUGCAGGACCUCGUCAACCAGCGGCGGCGGGAGCGGGAGCUCAGCUCGCGCGAGGCCAAGAGGGCGGCGCGCAUCAAGAAGAUCAAGAGCAAGGCGUACCACCGGGUCCACCGCAAGGAGAGGGAGCGGGAGGAGGCGAAGCUGCACGAGGCCAUGGCGGAGAACGGCGAGAUCGACUCCGAGGCGGAGCGCGAGGCCGCGGACCGCGCGAGGGCGCUCGAGAGGGUCGGCGCCAAGCACAGGGACUCCAAGUGGGCGAAGCUCGGGGGCUCCAACAAGCGCGCCGUCUGGGACGACGAGUACCGCGCCGGGCUGCACGACAUGGCGCGCCGCGAGGAGGAGCUGCGCCAGCGCAAGCUGGGCCGCGCCGGCCACUCGGGCUCGGAAGACGAGGACGAGGAGGAGGCGUCGUCCUCGGACGACGGCGGCGACGGGAGCGACGAGGAGGCGCACGAGAGGCGCAAGCUGCUCAAGCAGCUCAAGCGCGUCGAGGACGCCGAGGACGACGGGCCCGCGUCGAAGCUGAUGCAGAUGAAGUUCAUGCAAAAGGCCGAGGCGCAGCAGAAGAAGGCCAACGACGAGCUCAUCGCACAGAUCCGUCGGGACAUCGCGUCGGACGGGGAGGGCAGCGAGGGCGAGGAGGAGGUGACGGAGGUGGGACGCAAGAAGUUCGGCGGCGCCCUGAAGCCCGCCAUCUCCGCGCCCGCGCUGUCGCAGGCGAAGAAGCAGAAGAAGAGCAAGAAGGCCGACGAUGAAGACGAAGAAGAUGAAGUGCCCGACAACAGCGCGGUGAACGCGGGCUACUCCAUCACGGCCGAGGCGCCCGCCACGGGCUCCGCGUGGUCGUCCGGCCCGCGCAAGAAGUCGUCCAAGGGGCACUCACAACCCGGCGCGCGCGUCGCGGACCUGGACAACUCGCAAGCCAUGACAGCCGCACCCGCCGCCAAACCCAAGUCUCGAUCAAAGACAGCCACAGCAGCAGCCGACUCCGACGCAGACGCGGACUCGGAAGAAGACCCCGACGUGCACCUCCCGCUCGCGAUCCGCGACAUCGCGCAGAUGGACAAGGCGUUCGCGGGCGACGACGUGGUUGUCGACUUCGCCCGCGAAAAGGCCGAGAUCGAGACGGCGGACGACGACAAGGUGGUCGACAACACGCUUCCCGGGUGGGGCGGCUGGGUCGGCGAGGGGGUGAGCGCGCGGGAGAAGAAGAGGCAGCAGGGGCGGUUCGUGACCAAGGUGGAGGGCGUGAAGAAGGCGAACCGCAAGGACGCCAAGCUGGACAAGGUCAUCAUCAGCGAGAGGCGCGUCAAGAAGAACGACAAGUACCUCGCCUCGCAGCUCCCGCAUCCGUUCGAGUCCAAGGCGCAGUACGAGCGCUCGCUGCGUCUGCCGCUGGGCCCGGAGUGGGUUACCAAGGAGUCGUUCCAGGACUCGAUCAAGCCGCGUAUCCUCAAGAAGCAGGGCAUCAUCGCGCCCAUGUCGAGGCCGACUAUGUGA